GCGGGUCGGGGUCAGCUGCUGCAGGCGGGCGGGCGCGGGAGCUGUGGGCGGCCGCCGCGUCUUUUGCUGCGGCCCUCCCUCCACCACGAUGCCGGGGAUCGACAAGCUGCCCAUCGAGGAGACGCUGGAGGACAGCCCGCAGACAAGGUCUUUACUGGGUGUAUUUGAAGAAGAUGCUACAGCUAUUUCCAACUAUAUGAACCAGUUGUAUCAAGCUAUGCAUCGGAUUUAUGAUGCACAGAAUGAAUUAAGUGCAGCAACACACCUGACUUCAAAACUUUUAAAAGAAUAUGAAAAACAGCGUUUUCCACUGGGGGGUGAUGAUGAAGUUAUGAGUUCUACUUUGCAACAGUUUUCAAAAGUUAUAGAUGAGCUUAGCUCUUGUCAUGCGGUACUUUCAACGCAGCUUGCUGAUGCCAUGAUGUUCCCCAUUACCCAGUUUAAAGAAAGAGAUCUGAAAGAAAUAUUGACAUUAAAGGAAGUGUUUCAGAUUGCUAGUAAUGAUCAUGAUGCUGCAAUUAACAGAUAUAGCAGAUUGUCAAAAAAAAGAGAAAACGACAAGGUGAAGUAUGAAGUAACAGAAGAUGUCUACACUUCCAGAAAAAAACAACACCAGACCAUGAUGCAUUAUUUUUGUGCAUUAAAUACUCUUCAAUACAAAAAGAAAAUAGCAUUGUUAGAACCUCUACUUGGGUACAUGCAAGCUCAGAUAAGUUUCUUUAAGAUGGGCUCUGAAAAUCUCAAUGACCAACUGGAAGAAUUCUUAACUAAUAUUGGAACAAGUGUACAGAAUGUUCGCAGGGAAAUGGACAGUGAUGUAGAGACCAUGCAGCAGACAAUAGAGGAUUUGGAAGUAGCCAGUGACCCCUUGUAUGUGCCUGACCCAGAUCCCACAAAAUUUCCUGUUAAUCGAAACUUAACCCGAAAGGCUGGAUACCUUAAUGCUAGGAAUAAAACAGGCUUGGUGUCAUCUACCUGGGACAGACAGUUUUACUUCACACAGGGUGGAAACCUAAUGAGUCAGGCCCGUGGGGACGUAGCAGGAGGCCUGGCCAUGGACAUAGACAACUGUUCAGUAAUGGCUGUGGACUGUGAAGACAGGCGAUACUGUUUUCAGAUCACUUCUUUUGAUGGCAAAAAGUCUUCAAUUUUGCAAGCAGAGAGUAAAAAAGACCAUGAAGAGUGGAUCUGUACAAUAAAUAACAUAUCUAAACAGAUAUAUUUAAGUGAAAACCCAGAGGAAAUUGCUGCACGGGUAAAUCAGUCAGCUUUGGAAGCUGUCACUCCUUCCCCGUCUUUCCAGCAGAGGCACGAGAGCCUGCGGCCAGCAGGACAAUCUUGGCCACUGACAGCUCGAACCAGCAGUUCAGGAUCCAUAGGAUCUGAGUCCACAAAUUUGGCUGCCCUCUCUCUAGAUUCUCUCGUUGCUCCAGACACCCCAAUACAGUUUGACAUCAUUUCUCCUGUGUGUGAAGAUCAGCCUGGCCAGGCAAAAGCCUCUGGCCAGGGAGGCAGGCGUACAAAUCCAUUUGGAGAAUCUGGAGGAGGUACAAAAUCUGAAACUGAAGAUUCUAUUCUUCAUCAGUUGUUUAUUGUCCGAUUCCUUGGUUCUAUGGAGGUGAAAUCAGAUGACAAUCCAGAUGUUGUUUAUGAAACAAUGCGCCAAAUCUUAGCUGCCCGGGCCAUCCAUAACAUCUUUCGUAUGACAGAAUCACAUUUAUUAGUCUCUUGUGAUUGUUUAAAGUUAAUUGAUCCACAAACACAAGUUACAAGGCUCAUGUUUCCAUUACCCAGUGUAGUUCUGUAUGCUACACACCAGGAAAAUAAGAGGCUUUUUGGAUUUGUUCUUCGGACAUCAGGAGGGAGAAGUGAAAGUAAUCUGUCAUCAGUCUGCUAUAUAUUUGAAUCAAACAAUGAGGGUGAAAAGAUUUGUGAUUCUGUUGGACUGGCAAAACAGAUAGCUUUGCAUGCAGAACUGGACUUAGAAGAACAAAGUCGGUUGAUAGCUGCUUCCAGUAGACCAAACCAAGCCAGUAGUGAGGGGCAGUUUGUUGUCCUUAGCAGUAGCCAGUCAGAAGAGAGUGAUUUGGGAGAAGAAGGAAAGAAGAGAGAAUCAGAAGCAUAAACUUAUCCUUACUUUUUGGUUGAUAUUCGCCCCCCACCCCUUUGAAUUUGUUGACAAUUUCUGUGGUGAAGUGGCACAAGGUAACAACAAUGCUGAACUAUCAAGGAGACUAAAAUUUAUAUUUGCUUGUUUAUUUUAACUUCAUUUUUUAAACUAUGACUGACCUUGAUAACUUAGGUUUGCAUUGAUUUUUUUUUCCCCUUAGAAAUAAUAUACUAUGCAGUAACUUCAAAUUCCACAUGUCUAAAAGAAACCUGUUCAUAUCCCUGAAGUAGAUUGCUGAGGAAUUACAGUUGCUCAAGCCUGUUCUUCCUUCAAAUUGUGAACUUAUUACCUUGCAUUGUAAUUGGCUGUGACCAUAAGAAAUCAUUUAUUCUUCAGCUUCAGGUAUUCAUGGAUAUGCUCCCUCUCUUUCAUUAGGAACAAUUGCUGGCAGUGAGGAAGCUUUUGACUGAAUAGGUUUAAAAUCCUUAUACAGAUAAUUCUACAAGUUUGCAAAUAUUUUAACAAUGUUAAAUGUGCAAUAGAACUUUUACAAAAUAAUUAGAAUAGAGAUUUUAGACUUAAGGUUUCAAGUUGUGGCAGGUGGUACUGUUGAUUUCAGGGCAUUUUCUUGGAUUGCUCGCAUUUCUCUGAUGUACUACACCUGAUGCCAGUGGGAAAGAAGCUUAAGUGUCUUCAGUUCAAGAUUGCUACAGCCCUUGGCAUUUUAUUAUCACAUUCUUAGUUCUCAGGUUGGGACUUGAAUUGUUGCUGCAGAGCAGUAAUGGUUAAAAUAAGAUUUUGGAAUUUAUUAAAAGGGAUUUUUUUUUUGUUCAAAUACAUUUUAGAUUAGGAUUUAACAUGUAAAGAUAUUGUUACAGGAUACAUUGUAUUUUCUGCAUUGUGUGAAAAAAUUUUUUUUGAAAAUCAAGUGACAUUUAGAAAGAAGUUCUAUAGCAAUUGUUUCCUGCUUAAAAAUUCUCAGAAUUUAGUUUAAAAAUGUAAUCUUUUAAAUUUCAGACUGAUAGCCCACAGUAUUUUCAUAAUUCCAUGUUUUUAUAAAAUACUGAUCAUCACUUUAUAUCCGUGAAGGCAAAUAAUAUAUGAGAAUAGAAUAAUUUGCACUAAUUAUUGUAAAUACUUGUCCUCUUUAAAUAAGUAGAGUGAAAGGCCUAAUUCCAUGAAAGACUGAAAAGCAAUUGAGUGCUUGUUAUAGGAGAGUCAACCCAGGAAGGAUUUUAACCUGGUGCCAAGGUUAAAAUGACGUUUCUCUACUGCCUAAUUCUGUGUCAAAACUUUUUUUUUUAACUUGGAUUUUUAACAUUGCUGAUAGAAAUUAUGUUCCUGUGUUUCACAUGUAAAAGUAUAUAUGGCCAAGUUAAAUACAUUGAAUAAAAUAUUUUACACAGUCAUGCAUUUAAAAUUUUCAAGAGAUUAGCCACUAAGACUAAUUUUACAAGGGAAAAGCCUUUUGUUAUUUAACAUAUAGUUUUUUCUUUUUAGUUCUGAUUUAGAAAUGGCAUAUAGUUCUCACAAUAUAGUGUGGGUGUUUCACACUGUAUAUACAUUGUUUUCUGUAGGAAUGGGAUAGAUAAUUAUAUAUAGGAUCAUCAUUUUUUUUAGCCAUGUGCCAAAUGGGAAUAAUGAUUACUUAAUCAUUAUUUUGAAGCCUUAUGUUACCAAAACAUAUAGUAAAAAAGUAGAAAUUUAUGGAAUACUUUUUGAAAAAAGUUUAUUUUGUCCUUGCUAAAGGGAAUGCUUUCACAGUAGUUUGUGUAUCAUUCCUUUUGUAGAAAUUGAAAUUUCUUCUGUGGUCAGCAUUUGCUUAGUCAUGGCGGUCCUGCUUUUAAGACCUUUUUGAGAAUUAGUAAGCUUUUGUUUCAGUAAGUCUUUUACUAUAAAGUUGUCACCUCACUUAGUUCAGGUGUAACUUGUCAGCCACCGUGCAGGGAAGGUGGUCAGCAUUAGGAGGCAGUUUUACUAGGCUGGUGCUUUGCAUGGUAGUGUACUACAGCCCUUGGUGAGCACUCUGGGUCAAAGUGUAGGCUAAAAUUAAGGGUACUGGCAGACUUAGGGAUGCUGGACCGACUUGUGGUUCCUUUUACGUCAUGUUUUGAUAGGAAUUUCCACAAUAAUACACCCAUGUCUAUAGGUCAGACCAAAGUGCUUUCCAGUGCCAAAUAGAAGUUAUGUGUGGGUUUAACAAUUUUAGAUGAUUCAACUUCUGUUCCAUUACUGUAGGACCAUAGAACAAUUCCAUUACUGCAGAUAUUUAAGGAUCAACUUUAAUAAAUUCUGUGUUUUGUUUAAGGAAGGCUCCCCAUGGAUUUCUGUGUAAUGUUAAAGCUGAUCUUUGUUACCCUUUGAAAUCCCUUCAAGCUUUUGGAUGUUUUGGUGGUGAUUGAAUUAGAUUGAACUUGCACUUAAUGGUUUUAGAAAUUAACAAAACUGAUUCUUUAAAAGGAAAGAAAUUAAGUCUACUUAAUUCUGCUAGGCACUCUUGCUACCUAUGUCAACAGUACUUUUGUAACUAUGGUAGUGAAGUCAAUAGAUAGGAAACUGAUGAUUCCUUCCCCCUUGAAAAAUUGGGAAAACUUGCUAACAAGGGACUAAAACUGUUGCCUUGAACACAGUCCCCAGUCUAGUUUUUGCCAUGUUUACAAUGAUUACUUUGUGUUUAAUUUCAAAAGAAUUCUCAGAUUCCACAGUCUAGGGGUGGUAAAUUUAUGUUACUUUUAUGCUUGAGGAAAGGAUAGUAGGGUGUGCAUACCAUUCUACAUAACAUAUAAUCAUAUGUGGUAAAGGCAUCUGAGUUAAUUUUGAGUUAUAUAUAGGAACUGCAAGUAUUUAAGAUUUGAAUCUUCUUAUACCUGCUGACAGACCCUAAGAGCCUGUGUUUUGUAAAACCUCUGCCACCCAAAUUAAUAAAAUGAAAAUAUUAACAUUGGUUUUGAUAACAGCCUCCUAGCAUUCAGACUGUACUUUAAAUAUUCAAACACAUUGAUUGUAGCAAGCAAGCCUUUGACUUUAUUUUUAUCAAGUUUGGCUUACUUUUCUUUCAUGAGAUUUUUUUCUUCCGUAUUAAUUAAUAAUACAUAAUAAUUUGAAACUGGAACUAUAUUAUACUUUUUAACUAAUCUCUUGUGGCUGUACUCGUGUAAUUUACUUAGGUUAAUAUGAGAACUGGGGAUUAAGUUAUAACUAAUGUGCAAAACCACUUUGUAUAUUUGGUGAUUUUGUAAUGUAAGUGAAUUGGUUCAUAUUUCACUGAUAUUGUUAAUCAUGCAUAUACAAUUAAAAAUUAUGCUUCAUUUCCCUUUAGAAUUAAAUUUGAAAAACUCGACUUUAUGUAAUGGUGGUAUACAUGUGGAGUGAAGAACUUAUUUUUUCAUUUCGUCAAAAUAAGUAUUCCUGACAAGGCUUCAGGAAAUAUGCUGUUAGGAUAUUUUUAAUGUAUAAUAAAGUCCAUGAUUUUUUAUAGUCUUUUUUGUAUGAAAUAUUUGAUAUAUACUCUGAAUUUUACUUCUCCAAGUAAUUUCAAAUGAUGCUUAUAAAACAAUUGGACUUUUUCUUAAUCUGUUAUGAUACUGUUAUUACACAUCUAACCCUAUUGCAAUUCCAUAACAGCUAAAAUGGGAAAAACAUGUCACUUAUGGGGAAAUAAUACUAAUUCAUAUCUAGUGACUUUUUUCCUUUAGAAAAAUUAAGAGAAUUUUCAGUCAUUACCCUAGACAUGUUACAAUGUAUACUUGCUAUGUUGGGUCCUAUUCAAAGAAAUUCCUGUAAUUUAAAGGGUCAGGUUAUUGUGUACACCAGCUUAAGUGGCUUGGGCCUGUAGUUUUAAUACUAAUGCAUAUUCAUCCCCUGUGCUCUUUAUGGUUUCCUGUAGCACUUACCAAGUUCUGUUCUUCUACUGGCAGUUUGUUUUAAUUUGUUUUGAAUUUUAUAAAAUGUAUACACUUGUAGAAGGUCCAGGGAGUGGAUGAAAUUAACUUCAGAAUUAUGUAAUUUAUCUAGGUGCAUGUAUAUCUUAUAUAUAUUUGUGUAUCGACAUACAUAUAAUCUAGCACCCAUUUAUAAACAGACACCACAAUUUGAUUUAAAAAAAAUAAAAACUAUUCAUGCCA